UCGCGCGUGGAUCUGGACGCGGCGGGGCGGGAAGGCGCGGCGCGCGCUGCGACCAGGCGGCUUCCGGCGAGGCGGGUGUCCCUGAGGACAUAGAACCUCACUUAUAAGUCAGAGUCUUCUGGAAGAGAAGAGAAACCUGACAGAGUUUUUUUUAAGUACCAAGACUUGAAGUAACCCAUGCACAUGGCGUCAGUAAGGUGCUCAUUCAGGUGGAUCAAACCCUUGGCCACAGAUCCCUGGUCACUUAUGUUCAUCCUCUUUUCUGUACAACAUGCAUAUGGGAGUGGAAAGAAGUUUGUGGGUCCUUGCGGAGGAAGAGAUUGCGCAGUGUGCCAGUGCUUUCCUGAAAAAGGGUCUCGGGGUCAGCCAGGACCUCCGGGGCCACAAGGUCCUAUUGGACACCUGGGAAUGCCAGGACCCAUUGGAAUUCCAGGAGAGAAAGGGAUGAGAGGUGACAGUGGUCUUCCUGGAGCGCCAGGUGACAAAGGUGAUAAGGGUCCAACUGGUGUUCCUGGAUUUCCAGGUUUGGAUGGUAUACCUGGGCACCCAGGACUUCCUGGAUCCAGAGGCAAGCCUGGAAUACAUGGCUAUAAUGGUUCACGAGGUGAUCCAGGGUUUCCAGGAGAAAGAGGAGUUCCUGGCUCAAGGGGCCCCCCAGGUCUUCCUGGGGAAAGUGGAGAAAAAGGAAACUCAGUGUUCAUUUUAGGUGCCAUUAAAGGUAUUCAGGGCGACAGAGGGGAUCCAGGACCUCCUGGCUUGCCGGGAUUGAGGGGGGCAAGAGGACCGGCGGGCCCAAUGGGACAUCCAGGAGAGCCCGGGUUAGCUGGUGCUCCAGGCCUUCCAGGGAGACCGGGCUUGAAGGGUAAUCCUGGCGUGGGAGUCAAGGGGCAAAUGGGAGACCCGGGUGAAGUUGGCCAGCAAGGUUCUCCUGGACCCACCUUAUUGGUACAGCCACCUGAUUCUUGUCUGUAUAAAGGAGAAAAGGGCAUAAAAGGAAUGCCUGGUGUGACUGGACCUCCAGGACCACCGGGACCCAAGGGAGAACCUGGAAUUGGGGCAAAAGGAGAGAAGGGUAUCCCUGGGUUCUCAGGACCUCGGGGUGAUCCUGGUUCCCAUGGAUCUCCAGGUUUUCCAGGAUUAAAGGGGGAACCAGGAAUGUUUGGGGAGCCUGGAUCAUUUGGAUUUCUUGGCCCAAAGGGGGAUCCUGGAGACCGCGGGUACCCAGGACCGCCAGGGGUUUUGGUAACCCCACCUCUUCCACUCAAAGGCCCUCCAGGGGAUCCGGGGCGCCCCGGCCGCUAUGGAGAAAUGGGGUCUAUUGGACCACCUGGUCCUCCCGGCCCCUCCGGUCCACCAGGGGAAGCCUGUGCAGGCAUGAUGGGACCCCCUGGGCCAAGAGGGUUUCCUGGUCAUCCGGGAUUUCCAGGGGCAGCGGGUACCCCUGGGAGAGCUGAUUUCAGUCCAGGAAAGCCAGGGAAGCCAGGACCACCGGGGUUGCCUGGAGCCCCAGGGCUGCAGGGCCCUCCGGGAUCAGACGUUAUAUAUUGUAGUGUUGGGCACCCUGGACCACAAGGAAUAAAAGGCAAAAUGGGUCCUCCAGGAAGAAGAGGCUCAAAAGGAGAAAAAGGAGAUGCGGGGCUCUGUGCCUGUGAGCCUGGUCCCAUGGGCCCACCUGGCCCUCCGGGGCUUCCUGGGAGGCAGGGUAGUAAGGGAGACUUGGGGCUCCCUGGGUGGCUUGGAGAGAAAGGUCACCCAGGCCCUCCUGGUGCAGAAGGACCUCCAGGACCACCAGGAAAACAUGGUGUUUCAGGACCACCUGGCAGCAAAGGAGAAAAGGGUGAUGCGGUUGUAUCAAGAGUGAAAGGGCAGAAAGGAGAAAGAGGUCCUGAUGGGCUCCCAGGAUUUCCAGGACAGCAGGGACAACAUGGUAGGGAUGGACUUCCUGGACAAAGGGGGGAUCCAGGCCCUCCGGGGGAUCAUGAAGACGCACUCCCAGGUGAUAAAGGGUUUCCUGGACCCCCAGGUCCUCCGGGCAGAGCAGGACCUAGAGGACAACCAGGUCUGGGAUUUCCCGGCCCACCAGGAGAGAGAGGACCACCAGGAGCUCCAGGCCGCCCUGGUGAGAGGGGCCUCGAAGGCUUGAAGGGUCAGAAAGGCGAUACAAUUUCUUGUAACAUCACCUACCCUGGGAGGCCGGGACCCCCAGGAAUUGAUGGACCUCCAGGACCAAAAGGAUUUCCAGGUCUUCGGGGCACUCCGGGGUUGAGGUGUUUCGAUGGGCAAAAAGGUCGGCGUGGCAAGCCAGGAAUAUCAGAAAUACCGGGUCCACCUGGUUUUCGUGGUGACAUGGGCGAUCCGGGUUUUGGAGGUGAAAAGGGGUCCUCCCUUCUUGGGCCCCCAGGCUUCCCUGGUUCUCGUGGAGCAAGUGGUCAGAAAGGAGUCAUGGGAGAAACUGCCUAUGGCCAACCAGGUGCUCCAGGAAAGAGAGGUCUUUCAGGAGUGCCAGGGUCAAAAGGUCACAGAGGUGAUCCAGGACAUCCAGGCUUUGAAGGGGCAGCUGGCAGGCCAGGAUUCCCAGGUCUUAAAGGCCCCAGAGGCAGAGAGGGAAGUGCUGGGUUUCCAGGAAUCCCAGGUCUACCUGCUCGUUCCUGCAAAGGAGGUGCCCCAGGGUUACCAGGGCAGCCGGGACUCCGAGGGGCUCCAGGCCAUCCAGGUGCUCCAGGUUGGAAAGGACAGCGAGGGGACAUGGGGCCUCCUGGUCCAGCUGGAAUGAAGGGCCUCCCUGGAGUCCCGGGAUGGCCAGGGGCAGACGGUCCCCUAGGACCCCCAGGCAUCCCAGGUCCCUCAGGGGAUGACGGACUGCCUGGUCUUCCAGGCCCAAAGGGAUCCCAGGGGCUGCCUGGCUUCCCUGGUUUUCCGGGGGAAAGAGGAAAACCUGGCCCCGAUGGACGUGCUGGCAGUAAGGGGGACCCAGGAGAGGACGGUCAGCCCGGCUUCCCUGGAGACCGGGGGGUGAAAGGUGCCAAAGGAGCGAGAGGGCCCCCAGGAGAUGAAGGAGAGAUGGCUAUCAUUUCCCAAAAGGGGAAAACAGGGGAACCUGGACCUCCAGGAGAUGGUGGAUUCCCAGGAGAAGAAGGUGAUAAAGGCGAUCCUGGGACGCAGGGGAGGAGAGGAGAGCCCGGAAGACACGGACCACCUGGAUUUCACAGAGGGGAGCCUGGUAGAACCGGGCAGCCAGGGCUUCCAGGCCCCCCAGGCCCCCCAGGCUCACCUGGUCCAAGAGGGAUUAUUGGUUUUCCGGGAUUUCCAGGUGACCAGGGUGAGCCGGGUUCUCCAGGGUCCCCAGGACGUUCGGGAAUUGAUGGAAUGAGAGGACCUAAAGGAGACAAAGGAGACCCUGCAAGUCAGUUCGGCUUCCCUGGUCCAAAGGGUGAACCAGGUGGCCUUGGAUGUCCAGGACAUCCCGGAGUACCCGGCGAUCAGGGCUUGCCCGGCGUUCAAGGCCCCACAGGACCACCCGGAAGGCCAGGAUUACCUGGUGCCUUUGGACCACCCGGGUGUCCAGGUAAUCAAGGGGCACCUGGGCUGCAGGGACCUCCAGGAGAAAUGGGGGAUCCUGGGCCAAGAGGCAUGGUGGGAGAUCCGGGGGCACCGGGACUCCCAGGAAUAAAAGGUCCCUCCGGGGCGCCCGGUCUGAACGGCUUGCAUGGUUUAAAGGGUCAGAAAGGAGCCAAAGGCGCUUCAGGUUUGCACGAAGUGGGCCCGCCUGGUCCAGUGGGCACACCUGGGCUAAAAGGGGAGAUGGGAGACCCUGGGAGUCCGGGAAUUUCUCCCCCAGGCCCUUCUGGAGGAAGAGGUCCCCCUGGCCCCCCAGGGAGACCUGGAUUGCCUGGGCCAGCAGGUGCCACAGGAAGAGCUCCUGAAGGGGACAUUCCUGACCCAGGUCCACCCGGAGAUCAGGGACCUCCUGGCCCCGAUGGUCCAAGAGGAGCUCCCGGGCCCCCAGGCCACCCUGGAAGUGUCGACCUUCUGAAAGGGGAACCAGGAGACUGUGGUCUUCCAGGACCUCCAGGUCCCCCAGGCCCACCCGGCCCUCCAGGAUGCAAAGGCUUUCCAGGAUGUGAUGGAAAAGAUGGCCAGAAAGGACCAAUGGGAUUCCCGGGGCUGCAGGGGCCACCAGGACUUCCCGGCUCCCCCGGGGAGAAGGGUUUACCUGGCAUUCCAGGCAGACAAGGGCACCCCGGUCUUCCAGGCUCCAGAGGAGAACCAGGACCGCCUGCCGAUGUGGAGUCCUGCCCUCGAAUCCCGGGGCUUCCCGGGGUACCAGGCCCGAGAGGACCAGAAGGAGCCAUGGGGGUCCCGGGAGUGAGAGGGCCCCCGGGACCAGAUCCCCACCACACUGGUCAUUGACAAAGAUAUUAAGGGAGUCCAGGCUGGUCAGCUCAAGGUCACUGAUGCAAAUUACCCCAGGAGCCAUGAGGCCAUUCUCUUUCCUGGUUUCCCACUGCCCAAGUGUGGCUCUGGCUUUUUCUGGUUUGGGGCCAAAGGAUUUGGAAAUAGAACUUGAGUUUUGUAUCACCUGUGCGUGUGUGUGUGUGUGUGUGUGUGUGUGUUUCCCCACACCCAAACAGCGAUGGGCCCAAAAGAUGUCCCCUCUGCCAGUGUCUGAGUAGUUGUUGGGUAGUAUCCAGAACCUGGAGCCCCCCUGAGACUGGUUUUGUCUGUGUUUGCUGUGUUUUGCUGCACUGCAUCUGUGUUUCUGCAUUAAGCUAAUUGGGUGUCGGUCGGAGCAACUUCCAUUUUCUGGCGUGGGGAACACUGGGAAGUGAGCGUAGUUCCUUGUCACUCAUGGCAUGGAUCACGUUCUCUGUCCAUCAGAAUCACUCGUCACACAACCUACUUUUAAAACCAACCCCCUUGUUGUGUAUAUAAUUGCAACUGAGGGCUGGGACAACCGCCCCCUACACGUACACACACACCUUCAUAAAAGUCCACUUUCAAGUAGAAGAUAUGGCUGGUAAUGCGGUUCUGCAAAUGUAUUUCAGUAAAUACUUCCAGAUCCUCUGCACUCUUUAGAAAGUAUGGUAUUAGGCGUUGUGGGAAAUACAGAUGUGACUAAGAUGUGUCCCGCCCCCCACCACCCUAGUGCCUCUAACCUCACGGCAGAAAGAGCUGGUAGAACAGAAGUAAUUCUAAAUAACGAGAGAUUAUAAUUUGUGUUUUUGAGGAGUUUCUGGCAAAGUCCCGAGGACAAUGGGACAGGGAGAGGUGAACUUCAGUAUGGAGGGCUGUAAGAUAGCUGAGACCCAGGCAAGAACUGGCCUUUGAACAUAGCCUUUAAGGACAGUUGGGGCUUUGAGGGACCAGAAUUCUCCAAAAGGGAGAUAGCAGGGGCACAGUUGGGCAGGUCAGCUGCAUCCUUGCUACACAAAGUGUGGACCAGCGCAACUCAGGCACAGACUUUCCAAGUCAGAAUCUGCAUUUUAGCAAGAUCCCAGAAUAUGUGUAUGUAUAUUCAACUUUGAGAAACCCUAACCAUAUUAUGUGAAUGGGGUCCUUAAAACAGUCAGCUAAGAGCAACACCAUCCCAAGGGACUCAGUCCUCACUGUGGGCUCAAGUCAUCUUGAGGGGCUGGAAACAAUAGCGAUGCCUCCUCCCAGACCAACUAAAUGCAGAAGGCAGAGCCCAAGGAUCAAUGUGUUGGAAGCACUCCCCAGGUGACCCUAGCAGAUAACCAGGGUUGAGAACCACGACUGCCCCCAGUACCAGUUGAGAACAGCUGGGCGGUUGGGCUCACCCAUGAUGGAGACUUUGGAAAAGAAAGAAAGAAAGUAACUGAGAAGAAAAGCCAAAUGGCCGAAUAGUUAUCUUGGGGGACAUACAAGAUUCUCUCUCCAUAGGUUGUGAGCUUCUGCAAGGGGGCUGACAGGCUACACGGGCCAGCUGUGAUCGAUCUCCUGUCAUCUCUCAUUCUGCCCGACCUGGGGCUGGAUGGGCUCAUCUAGUUGCAAGUAGCCUCAGAAGGGUGUUCUCUGGCUCUCUGUGUCCUCUCCUUAUUGACGUCACUGACCCUGCCUGCUGGCACUGGGAAUACCUGAGGCCACUGUUGUGCCACAAAAUAUGACUUAUGUGGAAAAAAAGAACAAUAACAACAAAAAACAACCAAGUGCACAGCCCUUCCCAGAAGGUGCCACCCUUCCUUCCCAUGCUGCGCUGCUUCCCUCGAGCUCCUUUCUAUCUUUCUCCCAAGUACCCACUCCCACACCAGUGUUCCCUUUUGGCUCCCCCUUCUCUGAUGUGGCCUCCACCUCUUGGCCUGCCGUGUAUUCCUGGGCACCUGGAAUUCCAGGGCACCCCUGCCCUGCCUGUUUUUGUUGGCCAACCCUGGAUACAUCGACCACACUGUCCAGUAGCUAAAAAAUGACAAGUCUAUCCUGAGGGUCUAGAGUGGCCAAACCCCGACUGACUGGGGUCAUCGGCAGGGCAUGGGGCUCGUCAUCUGUCCUCUCCUGAAGGUGAUUCUUCCGGCUCGGUGUUGGGGGCCACCUGUGCCAUCCCCGAGGUCAGCUGUGAAGCAUCAGCCGCCACUAGAGAGGACCAUCCCCACCUCAAACGAUGUUGUUCGCUUCUUCUUGUCUUCCUUUCUGAACCUCUUUCACUGCCAAGCUGGUUUUGUAACCUGGUGCUGUAGCCGAGAUCUAUACAGAAAAAAGUAAUGAAGUUCUGGCUCCUUCCUGCCCAGUGUGAGCAGGUAGCAGCCACACUAAAUAUAUCUUGUGUCUGGUAAGAGUCCUCCACCGUGGAAGGCCUCCUGUCUUUCUGCUCACACGUCUCUUUGAUCCACAACUUUUCCUUCCCCAGGGGGCCCUCAAAGGCUGGGGCUUCCUGGGAUGCGCACAAAGGUGGUUUCCAUAUUGGUUUGAACUGUUACUGCCUAAUGGACAUUCCCACAUCCUGUUAGAGUGUUUAAUCUUCAAGUCAACAUGUGACGCUCUCCAAGGAGGUAAUCCAUCAAACACUGGAGGGCUUUUAGAUGUAGCUGUAGUCCUUAAAACAAGUUCCAAGUGGAGAACAAGUCCACAUAGGGAAAGCCAUAGGCAUACAACUCGGAUAACAAAAGCCUUCCUUCCUAUCUCUGGAAAUUGCCUGACAAUUUCUCCAAAGGGAACAAAGCCCGUAUCACAACAUCUGGCGGGGGAAGUCUUUCCCCAGAUCGACAGUGAUCUUGCUGCACGUUGAUAUUUCAGGAAGAUGCCUGCUGCCUUUUCCAUGAUCAGUCCGUUUGCUGGCUUGUCGGCACUCGGGCAGCCCUUUGCAGAAUAGUGCAGUGGCCUCAUGUUGCAAUCAUCUCGUGGGUGGGAGAGAUAAGAGAAUGCUCUGAGCUCACCAUCAGGGCCCUGUGUUCCUUCCAAAGGAACUGAUGUCCUUGAAGCUGGUGGCAAGGGGUACGCCAGCCAGCACACAGCAGCCCCACCUGGAAAGAGGUUUCUGCCCAGUUACUGGAAAGUAGAGGACGUUUCUCACCCAGAGCGGGAGAGGGAGGUUUCCCUUCUCACUUACUGAACAAUAACGACAGUCCAGGAACUCAUGACAAUCCAGGAGAAUUUGUUUAAACACAAGGAAGCAGAAAGUGAAAUGACUGGGUAUACCCACACCAGCUCUACCAGCACGGAUGUAAGGGAAUAGACUGGCUGGUUGUGGGGACAGAAGAAGCAGGUUGGUAUGGGACACUCUCGGGCAGGCAGUGGUAGAGCAGGAUUUUCAAAGCGGUGAAAUUUGGAGGGGCAUGCAUUUCAAAUGGUUGUAAGAUGGGGUCCUGUGUGAGGCUGCAAACUGAGUGGGACAUCCAGACGGUCACCUGAGCAUGGCAGUCUCCUGCUCUCAACCCUCAGGUGGCUUCCCACGCACUUGAAGAACAAGUCCAAGAGUGAAACGUGAACCCUGUCUGACUUCAUGUUUGGUUUUAGUCUAAUUCGUGGCAGAGAGAGAGAAAGAACAAAGAGAGAAAGAGAGAGAGAGAGAGAGAGAGAAAGGAAGAGAGAUUAAUAGGUAGAAACCAGAAUCCUUGGGAAGGUUAGUAAUUCAGGGAAUUCUGUAAUUCGGGCUAAUGGGAAUACACUCCUCUACAGGCAAGGACCUUGUCUGCUACCCAAGAGAGGAGAUUGUGGCUGAUGAAUUAAUGCCUGGACAAAAGUAACCAAACACUUCAAGAACCCCUCAAGUAACAGUGGGACUGCUGCCAGGCCCCCAGUUUAUGUCCUCCAGGGGGUGCACCUGAGCUCCGCAGCGUGUCAGGAAGCAGGCUGGCUGCUGAUGGAACACCCCUGGGCAAGGUUCCUCCACUAGCUUUCAGCUCUGCCCCCUUCCUGAGCCUCAGUUUCCCCCACCGCACCCCCCGCAGGCUGGCACAGGAGAGCGUCUGGUCAUGGGGCUGUUGAGAAGACCGAAUAGGCUAAUCCAUAUAAAGGGUCGUACCUCCCACCUUGUAAACUCUCAAUCAUCAUUUUAAAAAUUGCUGCUCUUAUCUUCCUCCAAAUGGAACUUAACUCCCAAUCGAAUCUUAUUAAACUUUACUUAUUCCUCUGCUCAGCUUUCUAAGAAAAUCAUUAUUAAGGAUAACAUCUAAUUAUAGAAAUAAUAUAUGUUCAAUAUAAAAAAAAUAAACAUAUGAGAAUAUGAAGAAAGGUGAAGACCUCUCCAGCAUCUCCCUGGUCUAGCCUCAAAUCCCGGCUCUGCCCACGACUGGCUUAUCACUUAAGCAAAUGACUUGACCUCUCAGAACCUAAGGACCCCAGGACCAAGUGGAGGUAGUACAAUCCCAGCUCCACGUAUCUGGGAAGACGACAUGAGCGAAUGCAGUGUAGUCCAAAGGGGGAGCCCCGGGCCAGGAGUGCUAGCAGGGGUCCUACUGUUCUCACCACUGGCAUCGUGAAUUCU